CCCCCAGAGGGAGGAGAAAGAAUCCAAUUUAGGAGAGAGAGAGAGAGAGAGAGAGAGGAGAGAGAGCGGAGGAGGGAUCUAGAGAGAGAGAGAGAGAGAGGGAGGGAGAUGAACGAGGUGUUGACCGCGGCGGAGGCGUCGCCGUCGAGGCCGUCGUCGUCGUCGUCUCCGGCGCCGGCGACCAUCGCCGGAAACCUCCCCCUCGUCUCCGCCGUGCUCGCCUUCUCCGCCGCCCAGUUCCUCAAGCUCUUCACCACCUGGUUUAAGGAGAAGAGGUGGGAUUCAAGGAGGUUGCUCGGGUCAGGUGGAAUGCCUUCCUCGCAUUCUGCGACCGUCACAGCUCUUGCUGUAGCUAUUGGCCUACAAGAAGGGAUUGGUUGUUCUUCAUUUGCCCUGGCUACAAUUUUAGCUGCUAUUGUAAUGUAUGAUGCAUCUGGUAUUAGGUUGCAUGCUGGCCGCCAAGCUGAGCUGCUGAAUCAAAUAGUAUGCGAGUUGCCUCGGGAGCACCCUUUGUCUACUAUUAGGCCUUUGCGUGAACUUCUUGGGCACACCCCACUUCAGGUAUGUGCUGGUGCUGUUCUCGGUGCUGUUGUGUCCUACCUGAUGCGAAAUUCUGUGUAAGUAAGGAAUUCAGCUUCUGUUUAUUCACUAUCAGAGAGAUAAGUUUGACUGAUGUUGUUGUACUUGAUAAAUGUUUACUAUAUCAAUAUUUCACUCAUUAAACAAAUGUCGAACUCGGGAAAAUUGAGUACAUAUAUUUAGACAUAAUGAUAUUUAUUUAUAGCUGUGUAUUGUGUAAGUGCUUAUAGUUGUGCGAUUGGUUUUUUUGAGGUAGAGAGUCUGAAGGUGUGUAAUAGGACAUGCAUAUGCAGUUUUUUUUUUUUUUUUUUUUUUUUU